CUAAACAAAUUUUAUUUUAACUUGUUACAUACGAAAACUUUUAGUCAAAAUAUUCAACUCGUAUCAAUCUUAUUCAACUCAUAUACUAAAGAGAAAAAUUAAACACAAAAUGUUAAUUUUAUAUAUGGUUUUGUUGGGUUUACCGAUUGCUUAUUCCUUAGAAUCACAGUUUCAGAAUUCACAGAACUUGACAAAUACUUUGAAAAUCAGACAUGUGUUUCAAACAAUAAACAACCUUUUUAAAUUUGAAGCUCCAAAAAUUUAUACAAUUUUAAAAGGCCAUAAUACUAGUUUAAGUUCAGAAAAUUCGACUGUGGAUUGCUUAAAAGCAUUUACUAAAUUAAAUAGAAAUGAACUAUAUUCAUAUUUUGAUGCUGCUGGAAAACCUUUGCCAGGUUUAGCAUUAGGAGGAUUAAAUUGGAUGGGAAGUUCAACAGAAUGUUUGAGUCAAAAAAGCUCUACAUUUUGUACUAUGAACAAUAUCUUUGUGAAAGGUCUUUCAAGCCCAAUUGCUCCAGCCAUUAGUCUUGGAUUGUGUGUUCCUGAUAAGUGUAAUGCAGAAGAUGUUACUAAUAUAUUAAAAGCUAUUUCUCAAAUUACACCAUCUUUGUUUACAAUUCAUGAAAAUACUCAGUCUAUAACAACUUUUGGCGGUGAUGCGUUUUGUUCUAAACCUGGAACAAAUUAUUCAAAUGGAACAAUUGUUAUGAUCUUCAUUAGUACUCUUCUGUUAUUAUUAUGCAUGCUUGGUACACUGAUAGAAGUUAUUUCUGAUUUUCAAAAAAAACACACUGGCCCAAAAUAUAUAUUGCAUGUUAAUGAAAAUGAUCUCCAAGAUGGCAAUGAAAAAAAUUAUAUAGAGUUAAAAGCUAGCAAAAGAGAUGGAAAAAUUUUUAAAAUAUUGAUCUGCUUCUCUCUUAUAAAAAACACUAAAGCUGUAUUUAAUACAAAUUCUCCUGAUGGUGCUAUAGGUUCAAUAAAUGGAAUUCGUGUAUUAUCUAUCAUGUGGGUGAUUCUUGGUCAUAUAUUGGUAUUUGACAACAACACGUUUGAUUAACUCCUUCAUAUGCAUAUAUGAUUUUCUUCUUUGCAUAUAUAUUUCCUGUUUUAUCAAGUGGUCCAUUUUGGUAUACAAUGGAAUCACAGACAGCUCAAAUUAAGUCAUGUGUAUCUUAUUGGUGGACUAACCUGCUUUAUAUUAAUAAUUUUUAUCCCGAUCAAACUAAAAUGUGUGCUGGACAUAGUUGGUAUUUGGCAAAUGAUAUGCAGUUUUAUGUAUUAAGUCCGAUAAUUCUUUGGCUUAUGUACAGAUGCAAGCUCGUUGGAACAUUUAUUGUUAAUAUUUCAUUAAUAAUUGUAUGCUUUAUUAUAAAUGGAAUUUUGAUGAAAAAGUUUGAUGCUUCUCCUCUAGUAUUACAAGGAGUAAAUGACUUUGGAAAUAUAAAGGUGUUGAAUUAUAUGCAGUAUAUUUAUAUGAAGCCUUAUACACGUUAUUCUCCAUAUUUGGUGGGGCUGAUUCUUGGUUAUUUAUUGAUUAAUAAACAUACAUUAUCUGGAAAAUAUAAAUAUUUUAUCAACAUUUUGGGUUGGUUUUGUGCCAUUGUGACUGGUAUGGCUGUUAUAUAUGGGCCUUUUACUGUUACUGACCAUAAAUGGAGUCCUGCUGAAGUGUAUACCUAUGGCAUUGCAUUCAGAUUUGUUUGGGCUUUAGCAGUUUCAUGGGUUAUUUUUGCUUGUCAUACAGGAUAUGGAGGUUUAGUAAAUGAUAUAAUGAGUUGGCGUGCAUUUAUUCCACUUGGACGAUUAUCUUAUGGUGCCUAUCUUUUUCAUCCAAUGGUGAUGAAUUUAUACUUUGCUUCAUUACAAGUUGCAUUUGAUAUGACAGUUCUCAAUUAUGCAUAUACAUUUGUGGCGAUAUCUGUAUUUUCGUUUGUCUGUGGUUACAUCUUGUUAGUUUGCAUCGAGAUUCCUGUUUAUAAUCUUGAGAUGCUUUUUUUCUAAAGUU